AGCCCGGCACGUAUCUUCGGACCCAUUAAAACUUUGAUAGGGGCAAGGCAAACAUAUAAAACGCUUCACUACUACUUUUUACACACUCAAUUUAAUAAUCAAAGCACACAUUACCACUAGAUUUUCACAAUAAUUUGUGUAGGUUCAUCUAACGGCAUCAAUAGAGAGGGGGAAUCUUCGUCGUGGAAUCUGAGGAAACGUUAGUAUGAAAAUCAAGGAGUUUUCCUCGCCAUGAUGAACGAGAAUCACUAGAGCACAUGUGUAUAGAAGGUUUUCUCUUGGGUUGAUUUGAUUGAUUGUUCACUGUUCAUGCUAAACAACCAACCAAACGGCUAUUCUGACUUUUUGGUCCUGCUUCUAAAUCUUGUUUCUGGGAUCUUCUCUGUCUCUUGGUUUAUUAGACAGCGUUUGUUUCAGGGCUUUGUGAAUUGAAUUCAGAUGUCACAGCCAAGGCAAAACAAGAUGAUGAUGAUGAUGAGUCCAAACGUUGCCAAACAAGUUGGUGACACUACCUAUACUAAGAUCUUUGUCGGAGGACUGGCUUGGGAGACUAAGAGAGACACUCUGAAACGCUACUUUGAUCAGUUUGGGGAGAUCUUAGAGGCCGUUGUCAUCACUGACAGAAACACUGGAAGAUCAAAAGGAUAUGGCUUUGUAACCUUCAGGGACCCAAAUUCUGCAAUAAGAGCUUGUCAGAAUCCCUAUCCUGUGAUUGAUGGAAGGAGAGCUAACUGUAAUCUUGCAGCCCUUGGUGCACAGAAAUUUGAUCCAUCUAUAACAGGAAGGCAAAAAUUCAGUAGCCCUUCAUGGAAUAUGGCACCAAUCUCAUUUCAAGGCACCUCCACUUAUUAUAAUCAACACAUACCCCACUAUCCAUAUCCCUAUCCAGCCUACAGGUAUCCUGGUUACCAUCACCCACAAGACUUGUAUGAAAUGAACUACAAUAAUGUAUAUGGUGGACAACAGCUUCCACUACGAUGGUUUCCAGCAUAUUGCCAACCCUUUUAUGGCUUUAGUAGACAGUUCAUUCCAACAGCAUAUGUGAAAAAGGCACAAAUCCCUGACAUGUCACCUCAGGAGUUCUCACUUGUUGGCUUCUCAGAACCUAUUUCAGCUUCUCCUUCGAUUUCCAGCGCUGGAUUAGUCACAGGACAAGUACCUGCUGCAGGAGGGCUAGAAUCCCCCCAAGAACAGAAAUCUUCAACUUAAAGCCAUGAUAAGGAGAUUCCAUCAAUUGACUAGAAUAGAGAAAGUAAAAAAGAAAAAUGACACUGUUCAAUAAACCAGGAAGCUCUAAGUGCAUGCCCAAUGAAGUGGUCUAGCAAAGGAACUAAAUCAAGCAAUAACGUAUUCAAGUUUUCCAUCCAUGGAACAAGUGAUCUUAGACCAGACACUGAUGAAAUGAGUCCUGGAUUUGUUCAUUGUAAUUGAAAUUUUUUACUUUUGAGCAUUCUGGUGCAGGGCAUUCGUUCUUCAGUUUUCCACUUCUCCUUUUUUUUUUCUUCUUUUCUUUUCUUUUUUAACAUGGGAUUCCUGCUACGUUAUAGUUUAUAAGAAGAAAAAUGCUUGUUAUUAUUCUUUAUUUCUUACACC